GUGCUCAGCCGGCGCAUGGUGACAGGGCGGCCCGUGCAGGAGGACGGAUGUAACCCAGCUCCGUGUUUAUCAGGAGGUUGGCUCAUCUGGAUUAGGCAACCAGCUGCCUGUUUUUGCGAAGUAUUCAAACACAGCCACCGCUGUCUUUUUGUUUUUGUUUUUUUGAAUCAUCUUAUCUGGCUGCUGUCUGGUGCUGCUUUUGACACAAAAACGGGGUUACGCGUGGCCGUGAAGAAGCUGUCCAGGCCGUUUCAGUCCAUCAUUCACGCCAAGAGGACCUACCGGGAGCUGCGGUUACUGAAACACAUGAAGCACGAGAAUGUGAUUGGCCUGCUGGACGUCUUCACGCCUGCACGGUCUCUGGAGGAAUUCAGUGAUGUGUAUCUGGUGACCCAUCUCAUGGGGGCAGAUCUGAACAACAUCGUGAAAUGUCAGAAGCUUACGGAUGACCACGUUCAGUUCCUCAUCUACCAGAUUCUCCGAGGUCUGAAGUAUAUACAUUCAGCCGACAUAAUCCACAGGGACCUCAAACCAAGCAAUCUAGCUGUGAAUGAAGACUGUGAGCUGAAGAUUCUCGAUUUUGGACUGGCUCGGCAUACGGAUGAUGAAAUGACAGGCUACGUGGCCACCAGGUGGUACAGGGCUCCCGAGAUCAUGCUGAACUGGAUGCAUUACAACCAGACAGUGGACAUCUGGUCAGUGGGGUGCAUAAUGGCGGAGCUGUUGACUGGAAGAACGUUGUUUCCCGGUACAGACCAUAUUGAUCAGUUGAAGCUCAUUUUAAGACUCGUUGGAACCCCAGGGGCUGAGCUUUUGAAGAAAAUCUCCUCAGAGUCUGCGAGAAACUACAUUCAGUCGUUGACCCAGAUGCCGAAGAUGAACUUUGCAAAUGUAUUUAUUGGUGCCAAUCCCCUGGCUGUUGACCUGCUGGAGAAGAUGCUUGUAUUGGACUCGGAUAAGAGAAUCACGGCAGCCCAAGCCCUUGCACACGCCUACUUUGCUCAGUACCACGAUCCUGAUGAUGAACCAGUGGCUGAUCCUUACGAUCAGUCCUUUGAAAGCAGGGACCUCCUCAUAGAUGAAUGGAAAAGCCUGACCUAUGAUGAAGUCAUCAGCUUUGUGCCACCACCCCUUGACCAAGAAGAGAUGGAGUCCUGAGCGCCUGGUUUGUGUCCUGUCGAUCCCAAUUCACUGUGAGGGGAAGGCCUUUUCAUGGGAACUCUCCAAAUCUCAUUCAAGUGCCUCUUGUUGCGAAGAUUUCCUCCAUGGUGGAAGGGGUGUGUGUGCGUGUGUGUGUGCGUGUUAGUGUGUGCAUGUGCAUGUCUGUCUUUGUGGAAGGAUAGGAGCAUAAUAGCAGUUACGAUUACAGUGACGUUACGUGGAGUUAUGGACGCUCACAGCAGCCUCUCCUGACUCAGGCAGACAAGAGCUGCCAUCUUGUUAGGAAUGUGUUAGAUGCAAAGUAAAAAAUAUUAAAUGCCUCCAAUCCCAGUUAUGCUUUUGCCAUUCUGGCCUCUCCCGGGGGCCUGUACCUGGGAUUCCAUCCCCUGUGAAGGAAAGCCUCGUUGCCUUUCUGGUCUUGGCCACACACCACAAUACACAGAGAUCCACCUUCUGGCCGCUUCAGGUGUCAGAGGUCCUCCAGCCAUGCGUUCAGCCAAAAAGGACCAACCGGCUUCUGUGCGUGAGCCAGUGAUAAACUUGCUCAGUAUGGUUCUCAGAACUUGACAGAUUAUGUUUGAAACUGUAAAUAUGUCUGUGCCUUAAGAGGAGAGAAGUCAGUGUAGCUAGUUCAAAGACUGCAGCUGCUGAGUUCUGAGCCAGGCAAGUAGCAGGGCUGUUGGACAGCCACUACGAGCCGGAAGUCACCGAACCGGAAGCCGCCGGGCAGCCCCCGGAGGCGGCCAUGUCCGCGCAUGCUCAGAUGUGCAUCCUUGCCAAGUGUUGCCGCAGAGGUCCCUGAGUAUUGACUUCAGGGUGCACGCGCAGGUUCCUGCUGUCCAGUGUGCUUCCCGCGUGCUGUCUGUGUCUAGCAGAGCGAGGAUGUGUGUGCUGCACGCCUUGUUGUGUGAGCAUGCACAGCCGUCAGCCCUGUUCUCCCUGGGAGGGCCUAGGCCGGGCGAGCCCGCCCAGGAAGUCUUCUCGGGUAGGUCCAGCCCCAGUCACCUCAGCUGAUGCAGGGAGGGGGACUUCAUGUUCUCUUCGGCCCCAACACUUGUGUCGCACACACUUGAUACUCCAGGUGCUGUUGGUGUGAAAAGAGAGGGCUGCGUAGGUGGGUAGCAUUUUCAUUCUUGCCAUUGGAUUUUUAGCAAACUGGAGAGCUGUCAGGGAGAUGAUCGGGGCUUUGCCCAGGGAUAGCCCGACUCUGGGAAACAGAAUGUCCUCUUCACUCCCAGUGCUAAGAAAUGCUCGAAAUCAAAGUGGAAAAAUUAAAGAUUGUGAGGUCAGAAGCUCCUUUUGCUAUCUUUCUCUAAAUAUGGUUUUAAAAAAAAGUCACAAGGUGUCUUUUCCACCCCUCUAUGGAAAGGGUCUUCUUGGCAGCUUACCAUUGAUUUUUGAUGUUUUGAUCUUGGUUUGGGGGGCGGAAAUAAAUUUUCUCAGAAUUUUGUACGUCACAGGGUCCUUUGAGAGUGUGAUUCCUUUUGGUGGGAAGAAAAGGGCAAAUUAUUUUAAUAUUUUGUAUGUUCACCUUUAUAAAGAUGAAAUGUGCUCAGGGGUGGAGAAGAAUUAAUCUCAUAACUUUCUGAACUUCAGGCAUUUCGUGCUACACGAGGGCCCAUAUAUUUAAGCCUUUUGUGUUAAUAAAAAAGUGCAAAGCCAAUUCCAGUGUUGGCUGUGUGACAGAUCUUGUAUUUAGGCCAAGGUGUCUCCAUUCUGUAUUAGGGCAGGGGCACACAUGCUCCAGAGAGACAGGGUAGAACCCCUGAACCGAAAGGAAGGAGGCCAAUGGAGGGUGAGCCCCUCACCUGGGACCCUCUCCCUCAAAGGAAAGCAAGCAUGAGGCCUCACCUCCUUUCACGCAGCGCAGACCCUCACCAGCCACAGCAAGGUGGAUGUCAUCAACCGUGUUCAGUGUGAAUGCUAGUGUGACUGCCUGCCGGCAUACCGCUCUGAAUGUCCUUCUAGAAAGGUCUCUGCACAUGGCCGUGGACACAUUAGGAGGUCGUGUGCUCCAGGAGCCUGGACUCUGAGCUGGAGCCAAGGAAGACCCCUUCUCCUGAUCCUCUGAUAGGGAACGACAGGGGCGGUGGGAAACUGCUAUUUUAUUUGUAUUCGUGAACCGGGCUGUAAUCAGUUACGCCGUAUAGGAUGUCAGACAAUACCACUGGUUAAAAUAAAGCCUAUUUUUCAAAUUCAGUGAGUUCCUCAAAUUUGUUAUGUUUUUCUCUUGAUUGUUUUAAUUUAAUACACAGUAUGGCAUUGUAUCAGUGUUUUUCGACUGUGACCUGGCAGAUCCUACUAUUCCUAAAAUUUAGAAAACAUGUAUAGAGCUCCGUAGCUGUGUCUUUGGUGAAUAGAAUCUGGGCCUUUGAUGUGGGUGAGUAAAGCAAAAAGCAAAUAAGCCAAGUGUUAAGUGGCAGGGCUACUCCACUUGGCUGAGAGGGCCCAGGGCAGGGUUGGAUGCAGCCUGCCACCUGUUUUUGUGUAGCCUGCUGAAAAAUGGUUUUUACAUUUUUAAAUGGUUGGAAAAGAUUAAAAGAAGAAUAUUUUUUGUAGCAUGUGAAAAAUAAUGUAUCGUUCAAAUCUUAGUGUCCAUCAAUAAAGUUUUAUUGGAAUUUAA